ACGUCGGGGGCCGCCGCCGCCGCAGCCAUGCUGCCCGGGGUGGGCGUGUUCGGCACCAGCCUGACCGCCCGGGUCAUCAUCCCGCUGCUGAAGGACGAGGGCUUCGCCGUCAAGGCGCUGUGGGGCCGCACGCCCGAGGAGGCGGAGGAGCUGGCCAAGGAGAUGAGCGUCCCCUUCUACACCAGCCGCAUCGACGAGGUCCUCCUCCACCAGGACGUGGACCUCGUCUGCAUCAACCUGCCGCCGCCCCUGACCAAGCAGAUCGCCGUCAAGACGCUCG